UUGAUCAAUAUUUGAUUAUAAAGAUAAAGGAAAACACGUGAAAACUGCGAACGUGUUAUAAAUGCACUGAAUUAUAUCAUACAAGAGGGGUUUGUUUUUAAGUGUUCCGUGUUAAAAUCGCUAUGGAUACAUUAUUUAUUCUGAGACCGGAAAUUUGAAUUUUAGGACGAAAUGGGAAGAAUCAAGCACAUCAAGACGGUGUCGGCGUCGUUGAAAGCUGUCAACGAAAUUCUCGUGAAAGAAAAACCGGUGAUUGGAGUGAAGUGUCUUGGAUGCAAUGUUGGCGAACAUGGAGGGGAGAUAACUCUUGUAGCAGUCAGCUGUUGGGAUGGACAAGUUUAUGUGUAUGAUUUGAGGACAUGUAAAGCUAUCAUGUUUGACGGAGGGUUACUGCGCUUGUUUCAGUCCGCCGAAUUGCUCAAGGUAUUUCAUGACUGUGCCCCUGACAGUGCGACACUGACAAAACAGUUCAGUUUGAAGUUGAGAAAUUUCUUUGAUACCAGAGUAGCAUAUUCUAUUGUGAUGGAGCGUAGCGGAUUAAGCCCUCGACUCGUUUCUUUUAUAAAACUUUGCGAAGUUUACAAGCAACCUUUACACCAACCUUCGUAUGAUUUUCAGAGGUUAUUAAUAGAGGAUCCAAAUGUAUGGGCACGCCGACCUUGCACGGGAGACAUGUUAAGUGUUGCCGCCUCUUAUGUUAAGCCUUUAGUACCGACUCUUUUCACAGAACUUGACGUAAUGCUUCCACCUGACACGGAUGAGUGGUUUUUACAUCAAUGUGAAGAAACGCGUAAUUCGAUGUUGAGACCCGGAUCGCUAAAAAGUGGACAGAAAAUCAAGUGCAGCAAAGACCAUACGAGUGGUGUUAAAAAUCUGUUUGGAACUCAUUUUUGUAUUUGUCCGAGUUGUGUAAGCAAUAUGGGCACGUCUCAGACGUACAGAGAAACAUGUGUCGAAAGUGACUGACUUCAAACUCUGACUGCAUUAGAAGAUGACAGUGUCAUUUAAAGUGUCGAAAAACUUGUUCAUGAAUUGUAGCGAGGCAAUGAACAUGUAAAUGUAAAGAACUAAAGGACCGGGAAUUUCGAAAUAAUAUUUUCUUGUAUAUUAUGUUAGAUACUGCCAUUUUAAGUUUCACAAAAUAUUUUACAUUUAGGUACAUUUAUCAUUUGAGUAUGAUAAGAGACAAACAAGAUUUGUUUGUAAAAUUUGUUUGCAUUUUUGUUCAUUUACAACACGAUUUGUUCUUUUAAAUGUCAUAUGCAGUGUACUUAUAUAGUACAUUGAAUUGGAUAAAUUUCUUUUGCAUGUCCAUCUUGACAGAACCAUAUUAACGCUAUCUAAUUUAUAAAUAACUUACAGACAAGGUUAUAUAUGUAAUGGUGUCUUGGAGUUUUGGCGUUUUUUGUCACUUAACGUGAUUUGUAUUGAUCAAGCAACGCCAUUAAACAAAUAACGCAUGCAUACGUCAAAUCUGCGGAAGAUAACGAUGUUUGUCGAAUGAUUUUAAGAUAUACUUAAAUCAACGAUUUCAAUGUUAUUUACGUCUGCUGUAUUAGUUUGUCCGACAAACUUGGCAAUCAGUAGAUUAAUAUUAAAUGUGUACAUUUGCUAGUUCGUUAUCGGUGUUUCCAAAAUCCUAAAGGAGCUCCACUGAGGCCCAAAAGCCUGAAACACAAAUUUUGAACUUGCAUUGAUCAUCUUGUUCACUUAAAGUAGAAAAAUAUACUAGAAAUUAUAGAAAAUUAUAGUAUUACACAUAAUUAUUUGUGCGCGAUUAAAAGACCAAUUUGAGUUAAAAGUGUUGCAAUGUUUUUCAAUGUUGGAUCAUUUUGUGCUGUAAAGAUUAAUAUUUAGAAUAAUCUGAAAUUGAGUACGCAAGUUAUUGUUCUAAACCUUCAUCAAAUGGUAUAAAAAGCUCGAAAAUUAUUUCCAGUCCCUUCAUGUCAAAAUACCUCAGUGGAGUUCCUGAUAUAUUUUAUUUUUGUUUGUAUAAGUGUCUCAUCUUAAGCAGGGUAGUCCAAAGAAUAUUGUUUUGUUAAUUAAUUUGUUACCUUAUUUUCAUUCAUUAUAUUAAAAUAAC